CCAAAGUGGAAAACAUAUCGUAUAAUAAGAUACAUUCUAAAGCAGCGACUUUUUAUUGAAACAGAGUAAUCUCGUCUUACGUUGAGACAUUAAAGGGCCAAAUGGUGAAGUAUGAAAAUGACUUCUGGUUGAUCUGCAAUGAGAAGUCUGAGGGGUCACGAAAAAAAGCACUAUUCAUCAUGGGAAAACUAGAGGAGCAGGGACAGCGUGGCUACCUCCCUUGGAGAGACUCAAAGAUUAAAGACUCCCUCAGCGAGCUAACAGAUGCGUUAAAGAAAAGCAAAUAUUUCAUUGUGGUAUUUGACACGGAUUUCAAGGAAGAUAAAUUCACAAUAUUUGUGAUGGAGACAAUAUUCCGUCUUCUGGUUAAUUCGGGAGAGCUAGCAAGACUUAUUCCACUUGUGAUUGGAGUAAAAAGACGAGAUGUGGUGCCGGGUUAUAUUCCAAACUUCUGUCUUGAAUUCAAAGAUGAUUGGGAGGCUGACACUAAACAGUUCGAAAGAUUGAGGAGAACAAUAGAAGCUGAGGUUCCAAAAUCAAUGUGGGAAUUCUAAUCUAAGUAUAAUGGAAAAUGUUUGGACAUGUACAUGUAAAUAACUUGAAGAACAAGAAAGCUUUCUCUGUAAUAUACAAUACGAAAAUAUAAACAUGCGAAAUUAAUGAAAAUAUAAAAGGCAUGAAAAUUUACCUCUGCAUAAAUUAUGACAUCUACAGUAACUGAUUAAUAAACUAACUUUAUACGAUAUACGAUAUCUAUAAUAUAGCAAUGUUUUUCAAAGCAAUCAUUAUUAUACUGAAUAGUGAAAGAAAUUGUUAUCGAAACUAUGGGCUUUCAUUGAAAGCCCAUUUUGAAACCAAUUAUCAUAUUUUGGCAUUUAUGAAACUUCAAACUUACGGAAGUUUGAUCCAUUAUAAAGUAUGAACUGUAUGUUGAAAGAAGAAUUGACUCAUGCUAUCAACAGAUAUAUCAUGCAUGAUUCAGUCUUUAUUGGCAAUAAACAUGUGCUGUACAUGUACGUAUUGUGGAUUUGGCCAGCUUCCUCUUGCAGUUAAGCAAUAACGAACAUAGUAAAUAAUUGACAAUCCCUGCCAAAACAUAGUGUAAAUGCAUAAAACAGUGUGGUCAAAAAGCUCAAGGAAUGUGCAUGUCAAUUUUGCACCAUUAUUUUCUAAUAUCCUUGAUAUUCAUGAUGACACCUUCAUGACAAUGUGUCUUUACUACAUGUUCAGUGUAUUUUGAAACCAACUUUCAAAAAGUAUUCAAUGGUCAUUAUAUAAGUCCAUCUCAUAUUCCAAGGACACUGAUAUUUUUGAUAACUUAUACUAUCCACAUCAAUGCAGGGGUUUCCUUACAUUUUCUGAUUACAGAAAAA